AUGCCCGAUCGGUACCCCGUUCCUCAUCUUCAGGACUUUGCUGGAGCCCUUUUCGGCAAAACCAUUUUCUCGAAGAUCGAUUUGGUGCGGGCUUUUCAUCAAAUUCCGAUUGCGGCUGAGGACAUUCCCAAAACGGCAGUGACGACUCCUUUUGGCUUGUUCGAGUUCCUUCGUAUGCCAUUUGGCCUCCGAAAUGCCUCACAAACUUUCCAACGUUUCAUUGACCGUGUUUUACGCGGCCUUCCAUUUGUUUAUGCGUAUAUUGAUGAUGUUCUCGUCGCCAGUCGAGAUGUGGAGGAACAUCUCCAUCACCUUACCCUGCUUUUCGACCGAUUUCAGCAGUUUGGUGUCACUCUGCAUCCUUCCAAAUGUGUCCUAGGAGCCACUUCUCUUGAGUUCUUAGGUCACCUGAUAGACUCAAACGGUAUUCGGCCUCUUCCCUCAAAAGUUGCCGCCAUUCGGGACUUUCCACCCCCUACCUCGAAGCGUCAGUUGCAACGGUUUCUUGGUAUGGUGAACUUUUAUCGCCGGUUUCUCCCGAACUGUGCCGAUACCAUCCUACCUCUGACCGAUCUCCUCUCAGGUCCCAAACGCACCUUUGAACUUACAUCAGCCGCACUCACGUCAUUUGAGCAGGUAAAAGACCUUCUGGCUGACGCCACCCUCCUGACUCACUUUCACGCUGAUGCACCCAUAUCUUUGAUGGUCGAUGCCUCCAAUGUUGCUGUUGGCGCGGUUCUUCAACAGAGUCUGCCGGAUUCUACCGUGCCUUUGGCUUUCUUCUCCAAGAAACUAUCCAAAGCCGAAACCCGCUACAGCACAUUCGGACGGGAACUUCUCGCCGCUUAUCUUGCCGUAAGGCACUUCCGGCAUUUACUUGAAGGUCGAGAGUUCACAAUUUUCACUGAUCAUAAGCCACUCACGUUUGCGAUGCUUUCCCACUCUGACAAGCUAAGCCCCCCGGGAGAUCCGUCACCUGGACUACAUUUCGCAGUUCACUUCAGACAUCCGCCAUAUUGACGGGUCAAGGAAUGAGGUGGCUGACGCACUGUCCAGGCCCUCUAUUGCUCAUCUUCAGCUUUCACCCGGGAUAGACCUCGCUGAGAUGGCCGCUGAACAACGCCGUGUCGGUCCACCCUGUGAUGAGGAUGUUUCCGGACUCCAACUCCAGGAACUACCACUGACGACUGGCAACGGCACCAUUUUAUGCGACGUAUCCACCCCUUCCCAUCGUCCAUUUGUGCCGCCAUCCCUCCGCCGUAAAGUUUUCUCCUCCCUGCACAAUCUCUCUCACCCUGGGAGUCGAGCAACCGACAAGCUGGUUUCCGACCGCUUCGUCUGGCCUGGUAUGCACAAGGACCUGAAGGCAUGGACACGGGCUUGCAUUGCCUGUCAACGGAGCAAGAUCCAGCGGCACAACAAGGCCCCCAUUGGUACCUUCCCCGGCCCUGGUGCAAGGUUCAGCCACGUUCACCUGGACAUUGUAGGCCCCCUGCCUCUGUCCAAUGGUUGUUCCUAUCUCCUCACCUGUGUGGAUCGGUUCACUCGGUGGCCUGAAGCAAUUCCCCUGCCUGACAUUGCUGCUCCAACGGUGGUCAAGGCUUUUCUCAGUCGUUGGGUUGCUAUCUUUGGUGCACCCUCCACAAUCACGACUGACCGUGGUGCCCAAUUUGAAUCUAAUCUCUUCCAGUCUUUACUCUCCUUUUUAGGCUGUACCCGCAUCCGGACGACAGCCUAUCACCCGGCUGCUAACGGGAUGGUCGAGCGGUUUCACCGCCAGCUGAAGGCCUCCCUACGCGCCGCGGCCGAUCCGGAGAACUGGACGGAUCACCUUCCCCUGGUCCUCUUGGGUAUCCGCUCCGCUCUCAAGCCGGACCUUGACUGUUCCGCAGCUGAACUGGUGUUCGGCUCCACCGUCCGACUCCCCGGUGAGAUGAUUUCGCCAACCCCUCAAGGUGCAGUUGAGGAUCCUACAAACCUCCUGCAUCGUCUCCGGCAGUUUAUGCGGAAACUUUCUCCGGUUCCUCCCAGGUCCUCCGCCUCUCCGUCUUAUCUCGAGAAGGACUUGGCAACGUGCUCUCACGUCUAUCUCCGAUGUGAUCGAGUCCGCCGGCCUCUGGAACCGCCCUAUGACGGCCCAGUUCGGGUGCUCUCUCGCGGGCCGAAGACUUUCCGCAUUCAGCGCGACAAUCGUGAAGAGGUCGUGAGUGUGGACCGCCUCAAGGCUGCCGUCCCUGACACUCCUCCGGAUGAGCCCUGUGGUCCUCAACCUUCUGCUCCCCCCCACGAAGCCUCUAUUCCACCGUCCCGUAUUUUCCCUCUGCCCUCCUGUCCGCCAUCUCCGACUGCCACCACCAACUCCAACACAUCCGCCACCAGAUUUAUUCACUGUUCUACGCACCCUGUAUAUAUCACUCGUAGUGGUCGUCAUGUACACUUUCCUGAUCGGUUGGUCACGCAUUUCUUUUAGACCUGCACACAUCCUUCGGCGUCGUUUUCGCCGGCCUCCGGUCUCGGAGGGGGGUACUGUGCCGAGGCGCCAGACUAUCUUGCCUUUCCCUACCUGUUCCUCAUUCUUGAACUUACUGGUUGUUUAACUGAAUGGAAUGAACACAACUCGACGCGACGCGCUUGGCAUGAGUGGGAUUGUCAGGUCGUUUGACUUUUGAUUAUUAAUUCUUCCAUAACUCUGGUCUUAUCCUGAUUUUUAUAGUCUGGGAUAGACGGUUCUGUCUUUAACGCUCGCUACAAACGUAUCGUUGUGGGCAGCUACAGGGGAAUGGCCGAGGGAGAUGCCGAGGUAGAGAGAGGGAGGUGCGGGCGUUACGGCAAGUUGCGGGGUAUCGGCGGCAGUGAGGGGGAAGGACACCGGCCAUUUUUACUGACACGCAGUUACACCAUCACCAUCCGAGGUCCGCGCGCCAAAAUUACCCCUUCAUUCAAACAGCCCUUGCAAAUCGUGGGGCGUUACAAUUUGGCGCUCACACUAUACACAAAUUAAAACAAAUCAAAAUCUCUGACUGGAGAUGAAGAAGCAGGGAGGGACAUAGCCACAGGCUUCAGCACCAAAAACAGGGGGGCACCAGCAAGUGGCAUCUGUGUUGAGUCGAGACGAAAUUCUCUGCACAUGCCGGGCAGAUAACCUCAGCGGGCUCCGAGGUGAGGAGGAGACGGAUCGAUUUUAAAUGAAGUUACAUUAAGGGCAAGUUUGCAGUCUCAGACUUCAAGUCCGAGAAAGGAGGCAAAGGAAGCAUCGAGGAAAAUGAGAGUGCGGCGAAUGAUGGAUUGGUAAGGCCAUGCAUCUCCACAAAUCGCUCGAACAUCUGAGUAAGUUAGGCAGUCGAAAAGGAGUCAUAAGCGGAUGUCGUAAUGCGUUGAUCUUUUGGUGGAAAGUUGUUCAUAAUGAGCGCCAGACCACAUAGCAGCUUGGGAUGAUGAAGGAGGACUGAAGUUCGAAAGAAUUACCCUUUGUUGAGAAACGAUGGUCCACAAAAAUAAAGUCUCCAAGUCAUAGGUCAAGAAAGUCAGAUUGGAUUGGACAAGCUUUAUGGAAGUAAAAGAGCAUACGGCAGAUCAACAAGCACCUGAAGCUAGCCAUCUCCAUGGUCGUGUGUGUGUGUGUGUGCCCUCAGAGGGGUGUAGGGGUGUCAGCGGUGGGUUCACGUGAAGGUCGUAGUGGUCGCUCACUUGCUUGCAGCUGACACUACGCCUAGCGUCCACUUGCUGGCACUCAACUCUCACCUGUGGCUCCACGUAGCUGGGCUCUGCUCAGCGGCCACACCCCGGGCAACCGUCUCGACCGGCGGGCUAAACCAGGUGAGGGCGCUGUGCGCUUGUGCCGCGUGCACAGUGUACUGCGGACUCCGCUGGAUGUUCGGUCGGAUGGAACACCGCGUCGGCGCCGUCGUGACGAGGCUCUGUCUGGCACACCGCUGGUCAGCCGGUUGGUGGUGGAACGUCGCAUCGGCAUCGUCGUCGAGAAGAGGCUCUGCCUGGCAUGCCGUUGA